CGACCACAGGCUGUUUUGUGCAGGCUGUCCCUCUCCUUCAAAACCCUGCAUCCCCUCCCAGAAGCAGCAGGCAGUGUGCCUUCAUUCAGCCACAUUUGGUAUGCAUGAGCACGGCUGCAGAGAGAGGGGAGGUGGCUUUCUUAAGAAGGUUCAGGGGCUCAGGAAACGCCACUUGACUAGUCUCCCAAGUUCCAGGAAGCCUCUGCCCUAAUGGAAUUUGCAGGUGUGGAGAUGACCAUGGGAUGCCAGGGCCGUGGGGAACCAUUUAUUUUCUAGGCAUUGCUCAGGUUUGCAGUUUCUUGUUUUCCCGGUGGAAUUUGGAAGGGGUCAUGAAUCAAACUGAUGCUUCUCGACCCCUAAAUUGGACCAUCCGGAAGCUGUGCCACGCAGCCUUUCUCCCAUCUGUAAGACUCCUUAAGGCACAGAAAUCCUGGAUAGAAAGAGCAUUUUAUAAAAGAGAAUGUGUUCACAUCAUACCCAGCACCAAAGACCCCCAUAGGUGUUGCUGUGGGCGUCUAAUAGGCCAGCAUGUCGGACUCACUCCCAGUAUCUCUGUGCUUCAGAAUGAGAAAAAUGAAAGUCGCCUCUCCCGAAAUGACAUCCAGUCUGAGAAGUGGUCCAUCAGCAAACACACUCAGCUCAGCCCAACGGAUGCUUUUGGGACCAUUGAGUUCCAAGGAGGUGGCCAUUCCAACAAAGCCAUGUACGUGCGAGUAUCCUUUGAUACGAAACCUGAUCUCCUUCUACACCUGAUGACCAAGGAAUGGCAACUGGAGCUUCCCAAGCUUCUCAUCUCUGUCCACGGGGGCCUGCAGAACUUUGAACUCCAGCCCAAACUCAAGCAAGUCUUUGGGAAAGGUCUCAUCAAAGCAGCCAUGACCACUGGAGCGUGGAUCUUCACUGGAGGGGUUAACACAGGUGUCAUUCGGCAUGUUGGAGACGCCUUGAAGGACCACGCAUCUAAAUCUCGAGGGAAGAUAUGUACCAUAGGUAUUGCCCCAUGGGGAAUUGUGGAAAACCAAGAGGACCUGAUUGGAAGAGAUGUAGUCCGGCCAUACCAAACCAUGUCCAAUCCCAUGAGCAAGCUCACUGUUCUCAACAGCAUGCAUUCCCAUUUCAUCCUGGCUGACAAUGGAACAACUGGAAAAUACGGAGCCGAAGUGAAACUUCGGAGGCAACUGGAAAAGCAUAUUUCACUUCAGAAGAUAAACACAAGAUGCCUGCCGUUUUUCUCUCUUGACUCCCGCUUGUUUUAUUCAUUUUGGGGUAGUUGCCAAUUAGACCCCAUUGGAAUCGGACAAGGGGUUCCGGUGGUGGCACUCAUCGUGGAAGGAGGGCCCAAUGUGAUCUCCAUCGUUUUGGAGUACCUCCGAGACACGCCUCCUGUGCCUGUGGUGGUCUGUGAUGGCAGUGGACGGGCAUCUGACAUCCUGGCAUUUGGGCAUAAAUAUUCAGAAGAAGGCGGACUUAUAAAUGAAUCUUUGAGGGACCAGCUACUGGUGACUAUACAGAAGACUUUCACAUACACCCGAACCCAAGCUCAGCAUCUGUUCAUCAUCCUCAUGGAGUGCAUGAAAAAGAAGGAAUUGAUUACAGUUUUUCGGAUGGGAUCAGAAGGACACCAGGACAUUGAUUUAGCUAUCCUGACAGCUUUACUCAAAGGUGCCAAUGCCUCGGCCCCAGACCAACUGAGUUUAGCUUUAGCCUGGAACAGAGUGGACAUCGCUCGAAGCCAGAUCUUUAUUUAUGGGCAACAGUGGCCGGUGGGGUCUCUGGAACAAGCCAUGUUGGAUGCCUUAGUUUUGGACAGAGUGGAUUUUGUGAAAUUACUCAUAGAGAAUGGAGUAAGCAUGCACCGUUUUCUCACCAUCUCCAGACUAGAGGAAUUGUACAAUACGAGACAUGGGCCCUCAAACACAUUGUACCACUUGGUCAGGGAUGUCAAAAAGCGAGAAUAUCCAGGUUUCGGUUGGAUCUAUUUUAAGGGGAACCUGCCCCCAGACUACAGGAUCAGCCUGAUUGACAUCGGCCUGGUGAUCGAGUACCUGAUGGGCGGAGCUUACCGCUGCAACUACACGCGCAAGCGCUUCAGGACCCUCUACCACAACCUCUUCGGCCCCAAGAGGCCCAAAGCCUUGAAACUUCUGGGAAUGGAGGAUGAUAUUCCCCUGAGGCGAGGAAGAAAGACCACCAAGAAACGUGAGGAAGAGGUGGACAUCGACUUGGAUGACCCUGAGAUCAACCACUUCCCUUUCCCUUUCCAUGAGCUGAUGGUGUGGGCUGUCCUCAUGAAGAGGCAGAAGAUGGCCCUGUUCUUCUGGCAGCAUGGAGAGGAGGCCAUGGCCAAGGCCCUGGUGGCCUGUAAACUCUGCAAAGCCAUGGCUCACGAGGCCUCCGAAAAUGACAUGGUUGAUGACAUUUCCCAGGAGCUGAACCACAACUCCAGGGACUUUGGCCAGCUGGCUGUGGAGCUCUUGGACCAAUCCUACAAGCAGGAUGAGCAACUGGCCAUGAAACUGUUGACCUACGAAUUGAAGAACUGGAGCAAUGCCACAUGCCUGCAGCUGGCUGUGGCUGCCAAGCACCGUGACUUCAUUGCACACACGUGCAGCCAGAUGCUGCUCACUGACAUGUGGAUGGGUCGGCUCCGCAUGCGCAAGAACUCAGGCCUCAAGGUAAUUCUGGGAAUUCUACUUCCUCCUUCAAUUCUCAGCUUGGAGUUCAAGAACAAAGAUGACAUGCCCUAUAUGACUCAGGCACAAGAAAUCCAUCUCCAAGAGAAGGAGCCAGAAGAACCAGAGAAACCCACAAAGGAAAAAGAUGAAGAGGACAUGGAACUGACUGCAAUGUUGGGACGAAACAAUGGGGAGUCAUCCAGGAAGAAGGAUGAAGAGGAAGUUCAGAGCAGGCACCGGUUAAUCCCUCUGGGCAGAAAAAUCUAUGAAUUCUACAAUGCACCCAUUGUGAAGUUCUGGUUCUACACUCUGGCAUAUAUCGGAUACCUGAUGCUCUUCAACUAUAUCGUGUUAGUGAAGAUGGAGCGCUGGCCUUCAACCCAGGAAUGGAUCGUCAUUUCCUAUAUUUUUACCCUGGGAAUAGAAAAGAUGAGAGAGAUUCUGAUGUCAGAGCCAGGCAAGUUGCUGCAGAAAGUGAAGGUGUGGCUGCAGGAGUACUGGAAUGUCACAGACCUCAUAGCCAUCCUUCUGUUCUCUGUUGGAAUGAUCCUUCGUCUUCAAGACCAGCCCUUCAGGAGUGAUGGGAGAGUUAUCUAUUGCGUGAACAUCAUUUAUUGGUACAUCCGUUUACUAGACAUCUUCGGAGUGAACAAGUAUCUGGGCCCAUAUGUAAUGAUGAUUGGAAAAAUGAUGAUAGACAUGAUGUACUUUGUCAUCAUUAUGCUGGUGGUACUGAUGAGCUUUGGAGUCGCCAGGCAAGCCAUCCUCUUUCCCAAUGAGGAGCCAUCAUGGAAACUGGCCAAGAACAUCUUCUACAUGCCCUACUGGAUGAUUUAUGGGGAAGUGUUUGCAGACCAGAUAGACCCUCCCUGUGGACAGAAUGAGACCCGAGAGGAUGGCAAAAUCAUCCAGCUGCCCCCAUGCAAGACAGGAGCAUGGAUUGUGCCGGCCAUCAUGGCCUGCUACCUCUUGGUGGCAAACAUCCUGCUGGUCAACCUCCUCAUUGCUGUCUUUAACAAUACAUUUUUUGAGGUAAAGUCGAUAUCCAACCAAGUGUGGAAGUUUCAGAGAUAUCAGCUCAUCAUGACAUUCCAUGAAAGGCCAGUGCUGCCCCCACCUCUGAUCAUCUUCAGCCACAUGACCAUGAUAUUCCAGCACCUCUGCUGUCGAUGGAGGAAGCACGAGAGCGACCCAGAUGAAAGGGACUAUGGCCUGAAACUCUUCAUAACUGAUGACGAGCUCAAAAAAGUACACGAUUUUGAAGAGCAGUGCAUAGAGGAAUAUUUCAGAGAAAAGGAUGAUCGAUUCAACUCAUCCAAUGAUGAGAGGAUACGGGUGACUUCAGAAAGGGUAGAGAACAUGUCCAUGCGGCUGGAGGAGGUCAAUGAGAGAGAGCACUCCAUGAAGGCUUCACUCCAGACCGUGGACAUCCGGCUGGCACAGCUUGAGGACCUCAUCGGGCGCAUGGCCACAGCCCUGGAGCGCCUGACGGGUCUGGAGCGAGCUGAGUCGAACAAGAUACGCUCGAGGACCUCCUCGGACUGCACAGACGCAGCCUACAUCGUCCGCCAGAGCAGCUUCAACAGCCAGGAGGGAAACACCUUCAAGCUCCAAGAGAGUAUAGACCCUGCAGGUGAGGAGACCAUGUCCCCAACCUCUCCAACCUUAAUGCCCCGUAUGCGAAGCCAUUCUUUCUAUUCAGUCAAUAUGAAAGACAAAGGUGGUAUAGAAAAGUUGGAAAGUAUUUUUAAAGAAAGGUCCCUGAGCCUACACCGAGCUACUAGUUCCCACUCAGUAGCAAAAGAAUCCAAAGCUCCUGCAGCCCCUGCAAACACCUUGGCCAUUGUUCCUGAUUCUAGAAGACCAUCGUCAUGCAUAGACAUCUAUGUCUCUGCCAUGGAUGAGCUUCACUGUGACAUAGACCCUCUGGACAAUUCCGUGAACAUCCUUGGGUUGGGAGAGCCAAGCUUUUCGGUUCCAGCACCUUCCACAGCCCCUUCAAGCAGUGCCUAUGUAACCCUUGCACCCACAGACAGACCUCCAAGCCGGAGCAUCGAUUUUGAAGACAUCACCUCCAUGGACACUAGAUCUUUUUCUUCAGACUAUACCCACAUUCCAGAAUGCCAAAACCCCUGGGACUCAGACCCCCCUAUGUAUCACACCAUUGAGCGUUCCAAGAGUAGCCGCUACCUAGCCGCCACACCCUUUCUUCUAGAAGAGGCCCCCAUAGUGAAAUCUCAUAGCUUUAUGUUUUCUCCUUCGAGGAGUUAUUACGCCAACUUUGGGGUGCCUGUGAAAACAGCAGAAUAUACAAGUAUUACGGACUGUAUUGACACGAGGUGUGUCAAUACCCCUCAAGCGAUUGCAGACAGAGCCACCUUCCCCGGAGGUCUUGGCGAUAAAGUAGAGGACUUAUCUUGCUGUCAUCCUGAGCGAGAAGCAGAACUGAGCCACCCUAGCUCUGACAGUGAGGAGAAUGAGGCCAGAGGCCGGAGAGCAGCCAUCGCGAUGUCCUCCCAGGAGGGUGACAACUCAGACAGAAACCUAUCCAACAACAUCACGGUUCCCAAGAUAGAGCGUGCCAACAGCUACUCAGCAGAGGAGCCAAGCGUGCCAUAUGCACACACCAGGAAGAGCUUCUCUAUCAGUGACAAGCUCGACAGGCAGCGGAACACGGCAAGCCUGCGAAAUCCCUUCCAGAGGAGUAAGUCCUCCAAGCCGGAUGGCCGAGGGGACAGCCUGUCCAUGAGGAGACUGUCCAGAACGUCGGCUUUCCACAGCUUUGAAAGCAAGCACAACUAACUCUUCCUACCAUGCCUUGCAGGAGGCUCGAGAAUCCAGCCCUAAAUUCUCCCCAAACUCCACCUUUUUCCCCCUUCCUUGAAUCACACCCGCUUUAUUCUUAGCUGAGCAAAACAAGCAAUGUGUUGGGAGAUGUUAAAUCAAAGGUGACUUCUGGGCCACAGAUCAAGAAAACAUUUGAUCUGACCCAGUGCCAAACACAGGGUAGUUGGAGCAUGUUCACACUUGCUGGGUAGGGAGGGGAUGGGGGGAGAAGAAGGGUUAGAGAUGAAUGUGUAUCACCAGUCACUGCAGAAAGCCAUGAGCUCUGGGGAACCAAGGGGCUUCAAGCACUCUCAACGCCAGGAGGCAUCUUGUGAUUUCUACCCAUUAUCAAGAGCUUUAGGAUGCAGGGCUAAAUUGCAAAAUAAAAUAAAAUAGCCAGCAUACAAAAUGAGAUAUUCUAAACUUCAAUUCUGUUUUCUUUUCACAUUGGCUCCAUCACUGGUGACUGAUGAAGAGCAUCCUUUUUAUUCAGUAUAAGCCGGCAGCAAGCAGUUCUACCUAACGUCCCACAUCCUUCUCAUGCCAACACUUCUGUAAUUGGUCAUUAUAAAGAAAAAAACAAGGUAACAGUCAUAGUUCACCUGUCUCUUAUAUAUUCACUUCUGGUGCCACAACUGUUUUAUCUUUUUUGAAGAAAAUAAGGGAACAGAAAUGCCUUUUGGUCUUGCAAUGGAAAUGAUAGAAGAGUUGAUGUUAGAAGCAACAGUCACAUGAUGUAUAUCAUAUAUGGUGGGCAUUCCAGUAUAGUCAAGCAAGCUCAGGAUGAAUGUAAUUAAAUAACUUUAUAUUUCUUAAUUUAUUUUGUAUCUCUCUUGUCAUCAGUGAAUUCACUCAUUGAAUAUGUAAUGUUGAACUUAAAAAAAAAAAAAACAGUGAGCAGAACUAACCUAAAAUUGCCAUAUGGAAUAUUGUUGUAUUCUCUCCAUUCAUGUCAUGUGUUGUGCUGCUGUGUGACCUUCUUCAUAUGCAUGACUCCACCUACUGCGUCCUUUGAUCACCUCAAGGUGUAACUGCCAAUUUUUCACACCACUCAUCGUAUGGCCAUUUUGUAUACAAAAACCUGGUUAUAUGUGGCUAUUUUCAUACCUAGAGUUUUGCCAUCUAAUCUGAGCUCAGCAUAAAUUUAAUUGGAAUUUUUCAAGGGCUGGUAUCUUUUUUAUGGAAAUGUUCCAAAGUACUUUUUAAGGAAGUUUCAAAACCAUAAAUAACUUUAGAAUUGACUAGGAGUUUGGUAUCAAUCCAAAGCCAUCAGUUGCAGGCAUGCCAUGAAUAUUUUUCUUAUAUACAGAGCUAUAAAAAAAAAGAUAUAGUAGGCCAAAAUAGAAAGCAAAUAAACCAUAUAAAGAGUUCUCUAGUAUAUGCUGCUUAUAUACAUAUAUAUGCAUUUACAUAGCAACACAUGUUUAUAUAUAGUAUAUAAACAGACAUACAGAGCUUUCUUAAGAGGCUUGGACUUUUCUAUCUCCUGGAGGUAUAACCAAGAUUUUUUAAUAUCCAAGAAGUUCCAUUGAAAGAGUUCAUUUUACCAUUAGACCAAAUGUUGAAACUAUGACUUUUUAAAUCUCUGAUCACCUUAACUUUUCCAUGUACCAAAUAACAGUUGUCAAAAUGACUCACCCUGCCUUCUGCCCCUUUUUGUCCAAAAACACUCACUCUCAUGAUAUUGCCUUUAUUCUGGUUUCUCCCACACAAAGCUAUUACACCAAGUACAAUCUGAAUAGAUGUGCAAUUCUAAACCAGCUAGUGUGAUGAACUCUAGAAUAGAAGCAUAAGCAUAAGCUUCUCUUCUAAAGUCACAGUCAUGGUUUGAAGUGACAUAAAGAAAUCUUGACCCCAAAUCUUCAGAUUCCUAUUUGGAUCAUUGAAAUUUUAAAAAGAAUGAAACCUUUAAGAAAAAUAACUUCAUGUUCCUGGCCCAAGAUCCUACCUGGUUAUUUUUUUCAAUUGUAGUUGUAAACAUUAGGUUAUAUCCCAUUUUGAGAAAUCAAGUAAGUUUAUUGACAAAAACCUCUAGCCUUUAAAUAUUAAAAAAGAAAAAAACUGAACAAGCUUUUUGGUACAAAGUGACAAGGUCACGUGUGUAAAGAAUUCCUUCUGCAUUCCUUAUACUCCUUAGUAGGUAGGGCACUCAAUAACAAAUACCCAAGCCCUUCAUUUAUAAUUGUUCUGGAGACAGUUUCGCUUUACUGGGCCCUAUGUUGGAGUUUUCCCUCUCAGUAGAUAUGCUUUCAGUCUGAGAAUAAAUCAGCCGUCUUUCAACCUCCUAGAGUGAUGAGUCCCUUGGAGGAUCUGAUGAACACACUGUCUUCUCCCCCAACUCCCUAAAAAUGUACAUACAUGUGAAGUUGCAAUAUAACUUUAAAAAGUCCAUAACCUCCUGGUCUAUACUGAUUGAUAAUGAGAAAAAGGAAUGACAUUUGCUCAUAAUCAGUAUAGUUGCAAUAGGCACUUUACAUCUUAAGACCAUUUCCCUGUGAUUCUCAGGAAGGCCAAGUCUCAGCACCAGAUUUGAACCACCGUUUCAUUAUUUUCAUUGCUUAGAUUAGAUGUGACUAGUUGGAUACCCUUACGUGCUAAUGUUUUGAUGGUUUUAAGCGGUGAGCACACUCACAAAGUUGAAGGCUCUCUGUGGGAGUCUCUGGAGGAAUCCAAGGAGGUGAAGCCAUUCUUUGACCAUAGAGCAGGACAAGCACCUCCAGAGCCUCGUUCUGGACCAGAUUGGAAGUGAGGGAAAGAAAUGAUGAGCGCAUGUGUUUCCAUUCGUCAUGAUUUCCAGAGAGAAAAGGAACAGGACCUGGGAAACUAAAUACUUAACAGUCCUGAUCUUGUAAACACCUGGUUCUUUGGUUGUGCAUGAAACUAAACGUUAACAUCUUUGGUGAAGUGUGUGACAUGUAUAAACCAAAUUCAAAUGACUUUAGACACAAACUGCGUAAUCCUCACAAGCCAUCUCUUUCCUGUGCACAUGCGUGUGUGUGUGUGUGUGUGUGUGUGUGUGAGUUGUUGAUCUCUGUCUCUUUCCAUUUCCGGGUCCUCUGUGCACCAGCGUGGCAUCGAUUCUGCGGCCUUGUACAGUCAGGUUGUGCUCAGCUCAUUUAUUCCACCAUGUCCCUGAUUGAGGGAGCAUUAAUUACCUGUCUAUGUGAAUUAAGCAACUCAUGAGCAGCAAGUUAUUGAGGACGGUAAAUAAAGUCAUAGCUCCAGGAAGUAAAUAGCUUCUGUUUAAUCAUCUGCUUCAGAGGUGCCAAUUUUUAUAUACUACUAUAGGUAAUGAUUUGUUCUAAAUUGCUUGUUCUUUUCGGAAAAAAAAUUAAGGAUGUUUUAUGAAAAUGACUGUGAAGGUUUCCUGAUUAACCAACAUACUUUAUAUUUAUCGUUAGAAAAAUAUAACGGCUUUGAACGAGGAGCUGGAAAGCUGAGUGCACUUGGCAUGGCUAGUUUUUGUAUUUCUGCAAGCCAAAAGGUGUAUUAGCAGUCAGAACACAGCACUUUACAGAACUGGAUUUUUUUUAAGUCUAAGCUUCUGAGGCCAGGACAAUAUUUAGCACUUUGAAAGUUCCCCUUUUAAAAAAUAUAUAUAAGUAUAAUUAAAUGGGAAAAAAUGUACUUGUAAAAACACAAAGUGUGUUUCUUCUGAAUGUUUCAAAAUGUAUUCUAAAAUAUGGUUUCUAUAGAUACUAUGGUAGAUAACUGGAUAGUACUUUUUUUUCUUCUUUCUGAGGCUGUACAGUCUAAUCUUCCUAAAUGUUUGGGCUGUUUAAUUUCUUUAAAGAUAAUAAAAUAUUAUCCAGUCAUCCAUCAUGCUAUAUCUGUAGGCUAUACCAUAAGAUAUGUUGGGCAAUGCUGUAUUAUAAAACAUAUGUAAACAUAUAUGUAACCCGUGUUUAACCCAGCAUAGUUGUAGCAUGUGGUUGUAUUAAUGAACGUUACAGGACAGCUUUAUAAUCAUUUAUAAAUCUGUAACAUUCAAUAAAGAAGCACAUGUUGCAAGGAUUAA